AUGUCGGAUCAGGAGGGAGAGGCAAAACCGUCAACUGAGGACUUGGGAGAUAAGAAGGAAGGAGAAUACAUAAAACUCAAAGUUAUUGGACAGGAUAGCAGUGAGAUUCAUUUUAAAGUGAAAAUGACCACACAUCUCAAGAAACUUAAAGAAUCUUACUGUCAAAGACAGGGAGUUCCAAUGAAUUCACUCAGGUUUCUCUUUGAAGGUCAGAGAAUUGCUGAUAACCACACUCCAAAAGAAUUGGGAAUGGAGGAAGAAGAUGUGAUUGAAGUUUAUCAGGGGCAUGUGAUCGCUUCACUGCUGGACUAUGACUUUCAGUGGGAGAUGGAAGUUUUUCAGAACUGA